AUGGAAGAUACAGAAUCGAGCAUGCAACCUCUUGCCAUCGUAGAAGAUGACGAUAACUAUACAAAAGACGGGACAGUCAAUUAUCGUAAUAAACCUGCUAACAAGAAGAAAACUGGAAACUGGAAAGCCUGUCCAUUUAUCCUAGGAAAUGAAUGUUGUGAAAGAUUAGCAUACUAUGGAAUGAGCUCCAAUUUGUUUCUUUAUUUCACAAAUCAACUCAAUCAACACAGUGUAACUGCUUCAAAAAAUCUGUCGAAUUGGUCGGGUACUUGCUAUGUUAUGCCAUUACUUGGAGCUUUUCUUGCUGAUGCAUAUUUAGGUAGAUAUUGGACUAUUGCCAGCUUUUCGAGCAUCUAUGUUAUCGGAAUGACACUGUUGACAUUAUCAGCAACAGUCUCUGGCCUGAGGCCAACCUGUUCAAAGAAAGAUGUCUGUACUGCAACACAUACUCAAACAUCAGUCUGUUUUAUUGCACUAUAUCUGAUAGCUCUCGGAACCGGUGGGAUUAAGCCAUGUGUCUCAUCAUACGGUGCAGAUCAAUUUGAUGACACUGAUGAGGCUGAAAAGAAGCACAAAAGUUCUUUCUUCAAUUGGUUCUAUUUUUCAAUCAAUAUUGGUGCACUUAUUGCCUCUUCUGUGAUUGUUUGGAUUCAAGUUACAAUUGGUUGGGGAUGGGGAUUUGGUAUUCCUGCUGUGGCUAUGGCAAUAGCUGUGGCCUUUUUCUUUUCGGGUACUCGACUUUUUCGGUACCAGAAACCCGGUGGCAGCCCUCUUACGCGUCUCUGCAAGGUGGUGGUAGCCACACUGAGAAAAACUCAAGUUGUGGUACCUGAGGACAAGUCUCUUCUAUACGAGACUUCAAAUGCAGAAUCCGUUAUAGUAGGCAGCCGCAAGCUUGAUCACACGGAUGAACUUCGGUUCUUUGAUAAGGCAGCAGUGAUACUACAAUCAGAUUAUAAAAAGGACACAAUAGAUCCGUGGAGACUUUGCACUGUUACACAAGUUGAAGAACUGAAAUCAAUUAUCCGAUUACUUCCCAUAUGGGCUACUGGCAUAAUGUUCAGCACAGUGUAUGCACAAAUGGGCAACUUAUUUUUGUUACAAGGAACAUACAUGAACACAAAACUGCGCACUUUUGACAUCCCGGAAGCAUCCCUAGGCAUUUUCGAUACUCUCAGUGUCAUUUUCUGGGUUCCAGUCUAUGAUCAAAUCCUGAUUCCUAUAGUAAGAAAAUUCACAGGCCAUAAGAAUGGUUUGACACAGUUGCAGCGUAUGGGGGUCGGGCUUUUCAUAUCGAUAUUUGCGAUGAUAUCUGCAGCAGUUCUAGAGGUCGUUCGACUAGGAAUUGUACGAAGACACAACCUGUAUAACACAAAGCAAGCACCCAUCUCGAUAUUCUGGCAAAUCCCCCAGUAUUUCAUCAUAGGAUGUGCGGAAGUGUUCACAAACAUAGGACAACUCGAAUUCUUCUACGAACAAGCACCUGAUUCUAUGAGAAGUUUGUCUGCAGCCCUGUCUUUAACAACAACCGCUGUGGGAAGCUAUGUGAGUUCUUUGUUACUGACUAUUGUUACAGAUAUCAGUACUAGGAAUGGGAAGCCUGGAUGGAUAGCUGACAAUUUGAACCAUGGUCACCUCCAUUACUUCUUUUUGCUACUGGCUGUUCUGAGUUUUCUCAACUUGGGAGCUUUCAUUGGGGUGGCAAAGAGAUAUACAUACAAAAGGGCCGUGGGAACUCUUCGUUGA